AUGGGGAAUUAUCAAGACAUCAAAACAAAGUCACCUUUAAUGAAUAAUGAAUCUAUGAUAUUUAUAGACAACAGGAUCGACACAUUCAAGUAUCCUGUUGCCAAAGAUGGCAGGAAAUACACAUGGUUAGAUAUAAUUGAUUUCCCCGACACCAAUGAGUUGGUUGAAGCUGGGUUCUACUAUUCACCACUCAAGAAAACCACCAAUCGUAUCGCAUGUGCUUAUUGUCAGAAAUCAACAACUAUUGAGAACAACCUGAGCAUUGAAGAGAUAAUAUCCAACCAUUCCAUGCGAAGUAUUAGAUGUCCCAUGGCUAGCCUUUUGAAUGUAUACUACUCAUGCCGUGGCCAUCUUGACGAUGAAAUAAAGCAGUGUUGGUCCAAAUCAAAAUUUCGAGAGCCAUUUGGUCACGAAUCAGUCAAACUUCGAGCCAACUCUUUCAAGGAUUUUCCACUAGAUGGUUUAGAUUACCGACCGAAUUCCAAAUCAUUGGCUGAAGCUGGUUUUCUUUAUCAGCCACGCUAUCAUGGCGACGAUCGAGUCGUUUGUGCCUAUUGCCAUUGUGCUCUAGAUUCAUGGGAUCAACAAGAUGACCCAAUUGAGGAACAUUUGAGCAACGUUUCGAGUUAUUGUUACUUUUUGGAUAAAUAUGUUGAGAGGAAACAAGGUCUGAGUAAACGUGUGGAAAAGUCACCAUUUGAUGAAUCCAUUCAUUUGGAUGAUUAUGAUUGCGAUAUCGGAGGCGACAACAAUGGAGAGACUGGAACAGACUCUACAUCGAAUCAACAGGAUAGACUAGGAGGCAAUGAAAUGAACGGGGUUACAAUGAAUCGCCAUAACCAUGCUCAUUUCAAAGAAGAUCCAAACUUGAAGUACUGGAAAAAGUUACCCGAUGAAGAUCUCUUGCAAGAGUUUAUUCAGGUUUCGAAGCAUGGAAUUGCUGAAAUGGUGACAGGUGGGCCCAAUUCGAUAGAUGCACACACUGAGGUUAGGCAAACACAUAGUAAUAACGAAGACUCCGUGCGGGACAAAAGUGCAUUAGAAGAUACUUUAAAAGGUGGUCCUAUCAACAAGAAUGGAAAGGUGGAGCUUCACAACAAUGACUGUGACAAUGAUAACGACGUUGCGAUGAAUGAUAUAGAUGACUUAGAGAUGGAUGAUGAUCAAAAUGAUAGCAUCGUACAAUCAUCUAUGGGGAGCUCUCAUAAGGAUGACGAAGAUUUCAUAGAGUCCAGCUCCAACGAUGAUUACGACCCAAGUUCAGCAUCUUUUGAACCCACAAAUGAUUUGGACGACUCAGUUGUAGAGAUUAGACCAAAGCAGACCAAGAAGAAAACACCUCAAAUGGAAAAGAUUAAGAAACUGCCCUCGUUGCAACCAGAAGAACAUUUGAAACGAGCAGGUGAUAGUUUAUCACCUACACGUCGCAAAAAAAUGAUUAAACGAACCACUCCAGCGCCUGUUUUUGAAGAUAGCUCUACUGAUCAGGACUACAAUGAGGCUCAUAUUGUCAAGUUGGAGAAAAACAUUGUCAAAUCCAAUGUUUUCUUACCUGAAGAGGACAAGAGUUUUGAACAACCAGUUACGUUUACAUCACCAGUGCGCAUAUUACCUACAAAGAUACCUGAGCUGGCGAAAAAAACCGACUCCAUCAAGCCUAGCAUUUUUGACCUGUCGCUUGAUAUCACUACUGAAAAUGUGGGAGAUACGGAAAAGAAGUAUGAGCUCGAGGGUGGGACACUAAAAGACUCAAAGGAGAAUGGUGAAGGUUCUAGGGGCUCCAAGGACCCUAAAGCUAGUACAUUUGUUAAAUCUGAGAACGAAAAGAUGGGUCAUUCUCAGGACAAGUUUAACAACGCUAGCCCAGUCGAGGUGGACUCAAGAACUGUCCAAGCAUCAAGCACUGCCAGCAACUCGAUAGCUGGCGCCGGACCACAAGCAAUUAGUGAUGGGGACACAAAAAUUGAAAGAGGACCAAAAUCGGAGACAGCACUUGACGGAGUAGGUAGUGGGACCGAUUCGAAAGAUGAACCUGUUGAGAAUCCACAAAAUGACAGCUCUCCACAAGACCAGACUGACGACGCAAAACAUACAGAAACCUCUCUUAUUAACCAAAAACCGUCUCAAACCUCAUUGGCACUUCCUGAAUCAUUACAAGAAAGUGAAUCUGAGCUGGACUAUUCAGAGUAUUUAAAUGAGAUAAACGAAGUUGAUAAACACUUUGAAGUUGAUGAUCCUGUUGAAGAGAUCGACAAGGUUGAAGUAAAGCAAGCGCAAACGUUUGAAUCGAGUUUACCUGAUAAAUCCGCUAAUGGCAAGACAAUAGUCAAUGACGAUUUUGUGAAUGUGAAAUUACAGAAAGAAACAGCGGAUCUAUCACCAAAUGAGUUGCAAAUUGACACAAUCAAGGAAGAUGUGGUACAUAUCAACCACGAUACAAACAAGUACAAUUCUAAUGACACUGUUGAACAUAGUGAGGCAUCAAGUGGAAGCAACGAAGCAGUCCAACCCUCUACCGAGAGUCCAAACAAGCAACAUGUAAACACUUUGAGCAAUGUUUCUAAACUUGACUCUCACCCCUUCAAUGACGCAAAAUGGACUUCAAUAAAGGUACCUUCAAUCGACGCUACAAGAGAGGAGAAGUUGACGAACUCUUUACAAAACUCGGAUAAGGCUUGUGAAGGGGAUCUUGCAGAAAAGAAUUAUCUCACCAAUGAAAAGGAACCUGACAAAUUUUCAGACCUGACUGGCCCUUUGGCUAUGGACUCAUUUUUGAAUGAAAAUAUCACACCUGCAGCAGAAGAAAUACAAUCCAUAACUGAACCAGAAUGGAGAGCCUCUUCUAUGCAAAGAUUUGUACAGCAAAUAGAGAACUUGGAUGAUAGCUCAAAAGAGUUAAAAUUGUUAGCCAACUCCGAGCAUGACCUUUAUAAUGAUCUCGAUGGUGAUUUGACGAGAUUUAUAGCAGAAAUGCCUGAAGAGGAAGAGCAAAUGACAAUUGAGCAAUGGAUAGAACAUUGUGCCACCAACUGCAAGGACAUUGUUGCGCAAUCAAUGAGAGAGAUGAAUCAGUAUAUACUCGAUGAGUAUAAUCGUGCGAUAAAAACUUUGGAGACCAUGGAAGAAGAGAGCUGA